GGUCGAGCAGCAAGAUGGCAGACGUUCUGGAUGAUUUUGAGAAAGAAGCUGGAUGCGUCCCUAUCCUGCAUCCUGAGGAACUUAAACCCCAGAGUCAUAACCAUGGCUACACCGAGAGUGUUAGCCGCAAGAGCCAUGUGGAUGACUACAGCACCUGGGACAUCGUCAAAGCCACUCAGUACGGGAUAUUCGAGCGCUGUCGUGAGCUGGUGGAGGCCGGGUAUGACGUGCGUCAACCAGAUAAAGAAAAUGUCACACUCCUACACUGGGCGGCAAUAAACAACCGCGUCGACCUGGUCAAGUACUACAUAUCUAAAGGUGCAAUAGUGGACCAGCUGGGAGGAGAUCUCAAUUCAACACCACUGCACUGGGCCACAAGACAGGGCCACCUAUCCAUGGUGGUGCAGUUAAUGAAGUAUGGCGCAGAUCCGUCUCUGAUUGACGGCGAAGGCUGCAGUUGUGUUCACCUGGCUGCUCAGUUUGGACACACCUCAAUAGUGGCAUAUCUAAUUGCCAAGGGACAGGAUGUUGAUAUGAUGGAUCAGAAUGGCAUGACCCCUUUGAUGUGGGCAGCUUAUCGAACACAUAGUGUUGACCCGACACGGCUGCUGCUGACGUUUAACGUGUCUGUGAAUCUGGGUGAUAAAUAUCAUAAGAACACGGCUCUGCACUGGGCAGUACUGGCAGGAAACACAACAGUCAUCAGUCUGCUGCUGGAUGCCAAUACUAAUGUAGAUGCACAGAACAUCAAGGGGGAGACGCCGCUGGAUUUGGCCAAACAGAGGAAGAAUGUGUGGAUGAUCAACCAUUUACAGGAGGCCAGACAGGCCAAAGGUUACGACAGCCCGUCGUACCUGAAACGACUCAAAAUGGACAAGGAGUUCCGGCAGAAGGUGAUGUUGGGAACUCCAUUCCUGGUGAUUUGGUUGGUGGGGUUCAUUGCUGAUUUGGACAUUGACUCAUGGCUUAUCAAGGGUGUGAUGUAUGCAGCAGUGUGGCUCGUCGUGCAGUUCCUCUCAAAGUCUUUCUUCGAUCACUCCAUGCAUAGUGCUCUUCCUCUGGGCAUCUAUUUGGCCACCAAGUUCUGGAUGUACAUCACCUGGUUUUAUUGGUUUUGGAAUGAUCUGCCAUUCGUCACCAUUCACCUGCCCUUCCUGCUAAACAGUCUGGCUCUCUUCUACAACUUUGGCAAGUCCUGGAAAUCUGACCCUGGCAUUAUCAAAGCCUCUGAGGAGCAGAAGAAAAAGACUAUAGUUGAAUUGGCAGAAACGGGUUCUCUGGAUCUCAGUAUAUUCUGUAGCACCUGUUUGAUACGGAAACCCAUCAGAUCAAAACACUGCGCCGUGUGCAAUCGAUGCAUCGCCAAGUUUGAUCACCACUGCCCGUGGGUUGGCAACUGCGUAGGAAGUGGAAACCACCGUUAUUUUAUGGGUUAUUUAUUCUUCCUGUUGUGUAUGAUCUGCUGGAUGAUAUACGGCUGCAUUUGUUACUGGAGGAUUCACUGUGUGACCAGCUAUACUAAAGACGGCUUCUGGAUGUACCUCACUCAGAUCGCCACCUGCUCGCCGUGGAUGUUCUGGAUGUUCCUCAACAGUGUGUUUCACUUCAUGUGGGUUGCUGUGCUCAUUAUGUGCCAGCUCUACCAGAUUGCUGUUCUAGGCAUCACAACAAAUGAGCGAAUGAAUGCCAGAAGAUAUAAGCACUUUAAAGUCACAGCCACGUCCAUCGAGAGCCCUUUCAGUCACGGCUGUAUGCGGAACCUCAUAGAUUUCUUCGAGUUGCGCUGCUGUGGUCUGCUGCGGCCCGUGGUUGUAGACUGGACCUCCCAGUACACAAUAGAGUACGACCAGGUGUCCGGCUCAGGAUACCAGCUGGUGUAGCGCGGUCAGAAGAUGAGAGAGAAGUGCUGCUCACCGGGACCAUCUUCUUUGCCGAGAGACUACAAACCUCACCCAGUCAGGAUUCGCAUGCUGUUAUUGGCUACCGUAACCAACCGACCCGCCUCUACCUGCCCACUGCACCCGCCCCCCUGCCAUAGACAGCACUACGAGACGCAGGGUCGAGAGGAACAGGAAGAGGAGGACUUUAAUGACAUCAGCAGCAUGCAGCAUACUCUCUAUUGGUUGGAAACGUUUUUUUGGAUUGUUUUGCACACAGGGUGCUUUUCCAUCGAGUUCAUUUUACUGUUUUUGUCCUGUGGCCCCUUUUCUAUUGCUUUUUUUUUUAUGUGAUAUCAAAUAUUCAUCAUUUAAAUCCUGGUUCAACUUGGAACUCUGAACAGGAUUGAGAUUCAGCAUAGCAUAAGCGGAAGUUGUGUGGCAAGAGAGAAUUCACUCAAAAAUGAAAUUCUGUCAUCAUUUAGGCACCAUUAUGUUGUUCCAAACCCUGAAUGACUUGGCAAGCUGUUGUUAAGAAUGUUCAAACUGCUCUUUUCCAUACAAUGAAAGCAUAUAGUGACUAUAAACUCUCAAGCUCCAAAAAGUGUCAUAAAAGUAGUCCAUAUAACUCGUGAACUAUAUUUGUGGUACUUUUACGAGAAGAAAUAUAACAGCAAAUGGUUCGAAAUGACCAGAAUGACAGUAUUUUAAUUUUUGGGUGAAUUGUUCCUUUAAGCUGCCUUGAUUCUCCUGAUCAUGAUUCUGUAUGAUUGCCUGAAUUUUGCUGAUAUUUUGAUAUCAAUCUGAUCAAAACAGGCAUCAUGUAGUCGCAUGACUAGAGAGAUGCCCUCUUAAAUAAUGUGACGUAAAACAUAUUUAUUUUAACCUAUUUAUAGAGUAUUUUUCAAAGAGUAAGUAUGGUACCAUGUGGUCAUUUUACAUGUUUUCAACAUUUAUACAUUUCAGUAUAUGUGUACAUAUACAGCAUGUUUAAUAGUUUAGGUGGGUGACAAAUCUCACAAAACCUGUAAAGGUCACAUUUGACUUGAAAAUCAAAAGUAUGAAACAAUAUAUUAUAUUUUGCCAUAUAUACAAUGUGUGUGAUUUUAUAUAUAUAUAUAUAUAAAAAAUUUUUUUUUUGCACCUACUUUUUAAGCAUUAUUUAAGAUUAUUUGCAAAUAAUUUCACAAUGCGUCAAUCAUAAUGGUCCUAAAAUAGGCUUAAUUGUUUUAUUUAAAUGAUCUUUUUUCCCGUUUUGGGGUAAAAUUUGGCCUUACCAUGUUCUUGACAGGUUUCGUGAGAUUCACCCUGGUGCCCUUAGAUUUUAAAUAACACACUCCUAUGUGAAACUCUAUUUAUUAUGUAUGUGUAGUUUUAGAAAGUUUAUACAUUAAAAAUGCUGUUUUGGGAAAGCCAUUAAGUGGACCUGAUAGCUGUAUAAACUUAAUGGAAUAUACAGUUUAAUAUGCCAGCCCGCAAGAGGGGCUCCUUCCGUUUGUUUUUUUAUUUUUGGUCGUGGCGGCUUUUUUGUCUGCCUAAAAACAAUGCACUGAUUUUUAUUUUAUUUAUUUUAUUUUUGUUGUUACUGAAGAAUCAAGCUUGAUAUUCCACUGUCUCCGAGGGAGCUUUGCGUUUUACGUAAAGAGCAAGCUCCUCCACCUUUUGCUCUCCUCAGUUUCCUCUUCCUGUUGGUGCGGUAUUGUCAUAGCAGCAGCUGACGGGAUGAACUUGAUGUAAAGAAUGUGCAUCUGUACAUAAACAAUUUAUUUCUGUGA